CGUUCAGUUUUGUACAAUAUACUCGCUGGUUACGACGUUAAAAUUUAUCAAAAAAAAUGAAUAGAAUUGGACCGUUCCGUUGGGACUCCAACUGUGUCCUAGGCGAAGGAGGUUUCGGAAAAGUGUACUUCGGCUGCAAACACAACUCCAUCCCCGUGGCCAUCAAGAGAGUCAGAACCUCGUAUCAAAACGAAGAAAUGAUUGAACGUGAGAUACGCAUGAUGCAAAUUCUCAACCACGACCACAUCGUCAAGAUUCUCGGUCACGCGUUGUCCUCGAAACACGUGCACAUCUUCAUGGAAUACUGCAACGGUGGCGAUCUGCGAGACUACGUGAAAAAAGUUGGACCCAUGUCCUUACGUGAGCUGUCGUAUUUCCUGCGACAAAUCGGCUCGGCUAUGAGACUGCUAUACGACAAAAAUAUAGUGCACAGGGACCUGAAGCCGAACAACAUUCUGUUGUCCUUCUCGUCCAGAUAUAAAUCGUAUCCUUCGACCUCGAAGAUCACAUUCAAAAUCGCCGAUUUCGGGCUGGCCCGAUUCAUGACCACGUCAUCACCCACGAUUUGCGGCACGCCGAUUUAUACGGCUCCGGAGAUUCUGACCGGCAACAAGAUCAGCUGCAAGUCGGACUUGUACAGUAUUGGCGUAAUUAUUGUUUUUUGUGUGCUUGGUAAACCCGAUUUGAAGAAUCUGUAUUUCGAUGACGACGAUCUGACAUCGCUGGUUUGUGGUUUGAUUAAAAAGAGAGUAUCGAAGCGCAUGGAGCCGAGGCAAUUUUUUCAUCAUCCCUUGGUGGACUAAUUUAGUGUUUUUUAAUUGUUUUUUCGACUUAUUUUAUUAUAUUCACAUGUUGACUUUUAGUAUAUUAUGUUGUUUUGUGUCCUUUUAUUUAAUUUAAUUUUUCCAUGUAAUUUAUUAUAAUAAAUAUGAAUAUUGACUUUA